CAGGGCUCUUAAGUUAAUAAGUAAGUCCUAGCCCUUUGCUCUUAUUGGCAAAAGAAAAGCUCUGAAACAUAGAAGUCAAGCGUAAUACUCCAUAAGGCCACACCCCAACGAUCUGUAUUCAUGGAGAGGAGUCCUGGCAUGGCAGGAGUGAGAAGAAAAUGUCUGCUUUGAAAGAGGAAAUAUUCAUCCAAGAAACAGGCCUCUGCUUGACCCUCCGUUACCAGUUGGCUCUCUAACAGGCAUUUAGCAGUAGGAUUUUCCUAGUUGGCAUUGAAUUCUGAAACAGUGACAGCUUCUCACUAUCUUUCCUGUCUGUUUCUGGUUCAGUUCCCACGUCUUCACAGAGAGGAUACCUGCAGUCUCAGAGGCUUAAAGCCCAAAGCACCUUGUUUUGGAACUGUAAAUAUAAAAGGAUUGCAAUGGAUACUUGUGCUGUUCAAUAGGAAUGAUCUUGGAAUUUAGGACUGGAGCACCACUCCAAGUAGAUUCAGUAAAUAAGAACUGAAGCCUGAGAAAAUUGAAGGGAAUAAAUUCAUUGCUUUAUUCCUGCAACCAUUAAGUUGUAACUUCUGGCUCAGUCCAGCACCCUUUUCACUACAGUCACGAAAGCACCUGAAAGGCAUCUGGAAAAGAGUAAUACAUAUGCAUGCAAUUUAGAAGAAGGUCACUAUUUUGCCUUUAAGUGCCAAGAUCUGGCCUCAAUAUGGAGGACGACAACAAUAUUGAUUUUCACCAGAAGCUUCUCUCCAUUGAUGAAAAACUGGAGCUUGAAGAUCUAGAGUCCCUUAAGUUUCUCUGUAGUGACUUGAUCACACCUAAGAACAUUGAAGGUAUAAAGUCAGCUCACCAACUGUUUCAAAAGUUCAUGGAUGAAGAUUUGUUGAAUAAAGAAGAUUGUUUCCUAGUGGCAGAGCUCCUGUUCCUAAUUAAGCAACAUUAUUUACUACAAAACAUUGGGUACACAAAGGAAAAAGUAGUGAAAGAACUUUCUACCAAAGGGAAAAUUUCCUCAUAUAGAGUCAUGCUUUACAACCUAUCUGAGGAAGUCACUAAAGAUGAUUUUGAGUAUAUCAAAUUCCUCAUGCAUAAGGAUAUACCAAAACCAUUAACGUCCUUUUUAAGUCUUUUGAGACAUAUGGAGAAACAAGAACUUUUAAGUGAGAAUAAUCUGGAGAUGCUGGUGAAAGUGUGCCAGCCUUUGUCAAGCAAUCUCACAAAAAGGAUCAACCAAUACAAAAAUGAAAAAAAGGAGUCUGAGAACCUGUUGGAGGGGCAUGUACCAGAACCACCCUUGUCAAAGGCACAAGAGGAGAAAAAGUUAAGUGUUGCAUCAGGCACUGCUGAGAGCUCGCAGAAGGCAUUUGCUAAAGAGAGCACAGAGGCAGAACAAUAUAUGAUGGGUCAUAGACACAGAGGUCACUGCAUCAUUUUCAACAACUUUCAAUUUCUGACCAUGGGCUUCAGGGAAGGAAGUUGUAAAGAUGCAGGUGAACUGAGGAGUGUUUUCGAGUGGCUUGGAUUCACAGUGACGAUUCAUGACAAUACGACAAAAGAUGAAAUGGAAAGGAUUCUGACCCAGUGUAGAACCAACCCAGAGCACAAAGACAGCGACUGCUUUGUGUGCUGUGUCCUUACCCAUGGGGAGUCUGGUUCUGUUUUCUCCUCGGAUGAAAAGAGCAUAGCCAUUUAUGACCUCACAUCCUACUUCAUGGCCCACCGAUGCCCAGGCCUGAUGGACAAGCCCAAGCUCUUUUUCCUCCAAGCCUGUCAAGGCAUGGAUAUGCAAGAAAGUGUGCCUCUUGAAGCAGAUGCUAGAAACGCCAACAUCUCACCUCCUGCCCCCAAGAAAAUCCCUCAGAGGUGCAUCCCGAAGGAAGCAGAUUUCCUCCUUGGGUUGGCCACAGUUGAUGGUUGUUGUGCCAUUCGAAAUAAAAUAAAAGGUUCCUGGUAUAUUCAAGCCCUCUGCCAUCAGCUGAAACGCUUGGUCCCAAGACAAGAAGACAUCUUAACCAUCCUAACAGUAGUCAAUGAUGAGGUGAGCCAACAGGCUGAUGUGGAAGGAAAAAUGAAACAGAUGCCCCAGCCUGCUUUUACUCUACGGAAAAGAGUUAUAUUCCCGGUGCCACUUGAUGCCCCUCCACCGUCAAAAGAGAAUUGUUUAACUUUAGAAUGAUAUAAUGUCAAACAAGGAAGUAACUCAGAGUUCAUCUAGAGAGGUCCAACCAAUGAGGAAUCUUCUUUACAGUAUGAUGACAGAUGGUCACUGCACCUCUACUUUAAGUAAUUAUCAGAGCCUCAUUAAUUUGUGAUGCAUCUUAUUCUCUUUUUGGAUAGUUUUCAUUGGCAGGAAGUUCUGUCUUGUAGUGAGCUGAAAAGCUUGCCUCUCUAUAUCCACCACCCGGUAGCAUUAGUUCAUUUCUCUGGAGUGGCAUGACAUAUAUCUAAUCCAUCUUCCAUAAGCGUAUGAGAACUUUUCAAAUACUUGAGGAUAAGUCUUCUCUUUUUCAGUUCUACUAACUGAGAAACCUGUGACGUUUAGUCGCUCGCUUGGCGGAAACAGAGCCUCGUGUUAUCAAAAUCCUCUGAAUGGUUGGAUACAUUGCUGGGGGAAAUGCAAAUAAUUCUGUUUGAAUUCUGUUUAUGUUUGAGUAAUAGUAUUAUAAAUAUAAUAGAGCACUAGCCUUGGAGUUAACUGAGACCUAGAUUCCAACACAACUUCUGACACUACCUAUGUGGCUACAGGCUAGCCACUUAACCCUUGCAAACCUCAGUCACCACAUCUGUAAAAUGGGGAUAAUAUCACCUGCUUUACUGAAAGGACCAAAUGAGACAGAGAGGCACUUAACAUGUACUGCCAUAAAGAACUCCCAGGUAAGAACAUUCACUCCACCAAUGUGGACCAACACCUUCUCUGUAACUUUUUGGAGUUGGCUCAGGUCCUGGAAAGAUUAAGUGACUUGCUCGGGUAAACGGUUAGAAAGAUGCUAAGGGGCAUACAGUUUGGUAUGUGUCAGGGAAAGAAAUUUAACCCCAACCUUUCUGACUCUGAAGCUGGCUCUCUAACCACUAUUCAACAUUGGGUCUUGUAAAAUAUAGAACUUAGAACAAUUAAUAAAUGGCAGUUACUUUUAUUAUAUUAAGCUUA